CCGAAUCCGGCAUCCAUGGCAGCUUGGGUCUCGACUGUUCCCUUCCAAGUGCGCUUUAUUCAUGCUGCUGCCACCGUUGCUGAGGGCUGCAGCCUUCCUACGGUGCCCCAGGCGCUGCGCCAUUCCCACUAAAAGGUUAUUCGCGGCUCAACCUUUGACUUUAUUGUCGAGGACCAGUCUUCGAGCUGGGUUUGCUACCAAGGCGCCCAAAAAACCUUCUGCAGCGAAGACGACGCAUAGCGCGCCGGAAACAGAGGCACCACCACCACCACCGAGAGAUGCACCGUCGGAAGCAAAUGAAAUGCCCAUCCUCCCUCCCAAAUCCGUCGGGAUUUGGCUCAUGAUAUCUUCGUCUCUGGUCCUCACCAUCGUCGUAGUCGGAGGAGUCACCCGACUCACCGAAUCCGGCCUCAGUAUCACAGAAUGGAACCCCAUAACCGGCAUGAUACCACCUCUCUCAGCCAACGAGUGGGAAAUAGAAUUCACAAAAUACAAAGCUACACCCGAAUUUCAUCUUCUGAACCAUUCCAUCACCAUCGAAGAGUUCAAACGGAUCUUCUACAUGGAAUGGGCUCACCGCGCUCUCGGACGGAUCGCCGGACUCGUAUUCGUAGGACCCCUCGCGUACUUUGCCUUCAAGCGGAAGAUAUCCCGCUCUCUCGCUGUAAAGCUCAGCGGGAUCGCCGCGCUAUUCGCCGCACAGGGCCUGCUCGGGUGGUACAUGGUCAAAUCCGGUCUCGACCAAUCACUAAUGGAAACACCCGGCGCUGUACCGCGAGACUGGCCGUUGGUUUUGUAUGCAGGGAUGUUCUCGACGGCCAUGUCCACGAUCAAGGAGUUCAAGUUUGCUCAGGGCGCGUUGUGGCAUGCGCUCGCGUCGCCUGCGAUGAAGCGUUUGCAUCUGCAAACGCGAGUUUUGGCUGGUCUCGUUUUUUUGACGGCUCUGUCGGGUGCUUUCGUCGCUGGACUCGAUGCGGGACUUUUGUAUAACGAGUUCCCUCUCAUGGGUGGUCGAAUCGCACCUCCAUCAGAUGAGCUAUUCAAUCGUGAUUACUGCAAGUCACCCGAUGGUUCAGAUCUCUGGUGGCGUAACAUCCUCGAGAAUCCCACAACGGUGCAAUUCGAUCAUCGAGUUUUGGCCAUAACAACUUAUUUCGGCAUUGGAUGGCUUUGGCUUCGAUCGCGGAGACGGUCCAUUCCGGCCGUUACCCGUCGUGCUAUCACAGCUGCCUUUGGCAUGGCAAACGUUCAGGCUCUGUUGGGUAUUACCACGCUAUGGUACCUGGUUCCUAUACCCCUGGCAGCUAGUCACCAAGCAGGAAGCGUUCUGCUGCUCAGCGCCAUGAUACACGCCCUGUUGACAUUCAAAAAACCCGGGGCAGCGGCCCAAGCUUGGAAACAGUGGAAGUCGAAGAUCCCGUCGGGGGCAACGACGAGGAAAUAAUACCUACAUAGUAUAGUUAAUCUUAUUUUGUUACACCCCUUCUCAAUCUCAGCACAACACUUCGGAACGAAAAAAUA